GGAUAAAGCAGGGCAAGUUUCGCGGUUGGAAACUGCGUCCUAGCCCACAAAUUUCUAGGCGCGGUAUUUUUCAAAUUUUUGCCAGCCAAUUCGCGUCGCGAUAAUUAACAUAGGCGACACGCUUUUCGUAAACUUUGCCACACGUACUUUGGAAGCAAUCUCAUGCACAUACUGUGCGUGGCUGAAAAGCCCAGCGCAGCUAAGCAGAUCGCUGGAAUUCUAUCUCAAGGGAGAUUUCAGACUCGACCGUCACCAGUACAAUACAUAAAGAAUUAUGAUUUCGACUACAGUCUUAAUAACCGCAAUGUCACAAUAACUAUGACCAGCUUAAUCGGCCACGUAAUGUCUUCCGACUUCCCUGACGAAUACCGAGCUUGGCAUUCCUGCCCACCUGAUACUCUAUUUGACGCUCCUGUCAUUGAUAAAGUUAUCGACAAAUCCAAGGACAUUGCACGAAACUUGAAAAAUGAAGUGCGCAAUGCCGACACCUUAUUUAUUUGGACGGAUUGCGAUCGUGAAGGUGAAGCCAUUGGAUUUGAGGUUACCGAGAUAUGUCGCUCAGUCAGACGGAAUAUCCAAGUGUGGCGAGCUCGAUUUUCUGCUAUGCAGCCAGUAGAUUUGCAUAGAGCUGCUCAGCAUCCUACAGAGCUGGAUAUGCGACAAGUGAAUGCCGUCAAAGCAAGAUCCGAACUAGAUUUACGGACGGGAGCUGCCUUCACUCGCUUGAUGACAAUGAGGAUACGAGAUAGCUUUUUCAGUGCUGAAGAGAAAAAGCUAUUGAGCUACGGUAGCUGUCAGUUCCCAACUCUAGGGUUUGUUGUUGACCGGUACCUUGCUGUUCAAAACUUUGUGCCUGAAAAGUUCUGGAAACUAGAUUGCAAGUACACACCAUCCUCCCAACCAACACUACAAAGCCGGCACGUCGCACCAACAGCCAACCAUCAGCAAUUAAAUACAACGUUCAACUGGAAAAGGAACCGUCUUUUUGAUAGGCGAAUGUGUUUUGUUAUAUACGAUAAAUGUAUGCAGAAUCCCAUUGCUCUGGUCACUCGCGUUGUCCAAAAGAUGACUUCCAAACGAAAGCCAUUGCCUCUGACAACUAUAGAAAUGCAAAAGACAGCAUGUCGUGUUCUUCGUAUGACUUCAGAUCAAAUCAUGACGGUCGCAGAAGAACUUUAUACCAAGGGUUUCAUCAGCUAUCCGCGUACAGAAACCGAUCAGUUUGACGGUAACUUUAACUUCCAAGAGCUCAUAGCAAAGCAAUCGGAUGAUCCAGCAUGGGGAGUGCACGCACAAGGGUUGUUAAACGGUGGAUUCGAGACACCGAGAUCAGGACGCAAUAACGAUAAAGCCCAUCCUCCCAUUCAUCCUACUGGUUCAGGAGGCAAUUUGACAGGCAAUGAACGACGAGUGUAUGAAUUUAUAGCGCGAUCGUUCUUAGCUGCAUGCUCAAAAGAUGCGAAAGGUUCAGAAACCGUUGUAGAAAUUGAUAUUGCCGAGGAAAUGUUUGAUGCCAAAGGUCUAGUGGUCUUGGAACGAAAUUACCUCGAUAUUUAUACAUACGACAAAUGGGCUGCAGCUCAGAUUCCAAACUUUCAACAAAAUCAAACGUUUAUACCUUCUGUGUUGGACAUGGUUGAGUCCACCACAACCGCACCAGAAAUGUUGACUGAAGUUGACUUGAUUGGUCUCAUGGAAAAGAAUGAAAUUGGCACAGAUGCAACCAUUCACGAACAUAUCAAAAAAAUUCUCGAUCGAGAGUAUGUUUUCAAACAAAGACACUACUUCCAUCCGUCACCGACUGGAAUUGCUCUUGUUCUAGGAUAUGAUGAAAUUGGAUUCGAUCUCAGUUUAACAAAACCUUUCUUAAGGCGUGAGAUGGAGGCGGAUCUGAAACGAAUAUGCAAUGGAGAACGCUCGAGGGAUAACGUAGUUCAACAGAGCUUAAUACGAUAUCGAGAUAUCUAUACCAAGUCUACGAAUGAGUUUGACAAAUUAAUAGAGUCAUUCCGAAGACACGUCGGCAACCGAGGAGGAAAUCGUACCACUUCAAAUGGAAAUCCACCACCGCCUCCAAGCGAUGGUGGAAAUGGACCUUCCGGCGGUGGUCCUUGGCGACCAGGUGGUGGUGGUGGUGGUGGAGGUAAUGGACCCGGAUCAGGACCAGGUGGAGGAGGCACAUUGCCUUACAGCGGCAGCAAUGGCAAUCAGACAAACGGCUGGGCGGCUGGAAACAUUGACAAUCCCAAGUGCAAUUGUGGUAUUCCAAGUCGAAGAAAUACUGCUCAAAAGGAUGGACCUAACAAAGGCCGAUCAUUUUUCCGAUGCGGCGACAGUACAAAGGAAUGUGGAUACUUCGCCUGGGCUGACGAGCCACCGCGAACAACCGGACCUAAUUGCGACUGCAAUAAACCAUCUUUCUCUCGCACUGUGGCUAAAGAGGGCCAAAACCAAGGUCGAACAUUCUUCAGCUGUGCCCUUCCACAAGACGAUAACAGUCGAUGUAAUUUCUUUGCUUGGGAGGAUGACGGCGCUACCACGUCGUCAUCGACUACGUUUAAUCAUCAUCAAGAAUCCUCCAGUUCCACCUCAGCACCCAUGUGUGGUUGUGGACAGCCAGCUAUUCAGCGACGGGUGAUCAAGGAAGGUGCAAAUAAGGGCAGGCUUUUCUACAAGUGCGCAGCAUCGUUUGCAAAUGACAAUGGAGGUUGUGGGUUUUUCGAGUUUCAAGACGAACCGACAUCGCAUACUGCAUUAUCAGCAACUCAAGCUUUAAUCAUGAAUACGUCCCCUACUACAAUGAGAACAUAUCGAAAUGCUCAUGAAAUGGGAGGUAGUACAUCGGAACCCCGUAAGACAUGCAGUUGUGGUCUAAUAGCGGUAUCGAAGAAGAUCACCAAAGCCAACAGUGCGAAUCGUGGCAAGAUGUUUUGGUCUUGUCCAAAAGAGUCGAAAUUCUCUCGAUGCAAUUAUUUCGAACUGACAGAAGACACCAAUGUACAAUCUGCUGUAUCUGGAGGCAGUACAUGCUUCCAAUGUGGAAAGCCUGGCCAUUACGCCUCAGCGUGCCCUAGCUCACGUAGCCGGUAGAUGAUUGACUGUAGUAUACAACUUCAACACCAUAUCUUUGUAAUAUAAAUCAAUUUUAAUAUAGCCGAGGUCGAUCAUUUUGGUAACAUACAGUAUGCACCGUAAAGUAUCAGACAUAGAAGUACA